CGAGGGACCGCGCGGCGAUUGGCUGCCGCAGGGAGAAGGGGCGGGCAGGCAAGGAGAGCUUCCGGUGUGCCUCGGCUCUCGGCAGCUUGUUUGGAUGCUGCCGUCACAUCAUGGCGACGCGCGGAGCGGAGGCAGCGCGCGGAGGAGGCAGCAGCGGUGGCAGUGGCAGCAGCGCGCAGGGACGCAGCCGGCGCCAGAGCCACAGCGGAGAGGAGGAGGCAGUGGCGGUGGUGACGGUAACAGCAACAGCGAGCGGCGGCCCGGAGUUGGUUGGUGGUGCAAUGGAAGAAGUUGUUUCUCAGGAGAUGGGAAUGAAUAACCAGGAUCAGCUGGUGAAGAGUAAGUGCGAUGAACUGUCUGACACACCACUGCAGCAUGCACAGUCCAACUGUUGUGGCCUGGAAAACACAGGUUCAUUGGAUGAAGCUGAGUGUAUCACAAAGAACAGAAAGCACCUGGGGUCCACAUGCUGCUCUCAAGAGUCUCGUGAGGAAACUCCUGGGAGAGAAGAAGCCCGUACUGAUCCACCUGAUGGCCAGCAAGAUCCAGAGAGUGAAAAACACAAAGAGAAAACUUUGGGAAAAGAAGUAUUGUUAUUAAUGCAAGCCUUGAACACGCUUUCUACACCAGAGGAAAAGCUGGCAGCUUUGUGCAAGAAGUAUGCUGAUCUGUUGGAGGAGAGUCGAAAUGUUCAAAAGCAGAUGAAGAUACUGCAGAAGAAGCAAGCACAAGUUGUGAAGGAGAAAGUCCACUUGCAGAGUGAGCAUAGCAAGGCCAUUUUGGCACGUAGCAAACUGGAAUCUCUCUGCCGGGAGCUUCAGCGUCAUAACAAGACUUUGAAGGAAGAAAACAUGCAGCAAGCACGUGAGGAAGAAGAAAGGCGGAAAGAAGCAACUGCACACUUCCAGAUUACACUGAAUGAAAUUCAGGCUCAACUGGAACAGCAUGGUAUACAUAAUGCCAAGCUCCGCCAGGAAAAUAUUGAACUGGGGGAAAAACUGAAGAAACUCAUUGAGCAGUAUGCACUGCGAGAAGAGCAUAUUGAUAAAGUGUUCAAACAUAAAGAACUGCAGCAGCAACUUGUGGAUGCCAAACUUCAGCAAACUACCCAACUUAUUAAAGAAGCAGAGGAAAAACAUCAGCGAGAAAGGGAGUUUUUGCUAAAAGAAGCUACUGAGUCCAGACACAAAUGUGAACAGAUGAAGCAGCAGGAAGCUCAGCUGAAGCAGCAGCUUUCUCUUUACAUGGAUAAGUUUGAAGAAUUCCAGACCACCAUGGCAAAAAGUAAUGAACUCUUUACAACCUUCAGGCAAGAAAUGGAGAAGAUGACAAAGAAGAUUAAGAAACUGGAAAAGGAAACCAUAGUGUGGCGUACAAAAUGGGAAAACAACAACAAGGCUCUUCUGCAAAUGGCUGAAGAGAAAACAGUAAGAGAUAAAGAAUACAAGGGUUUUCAGAUAAAACUGGAGCGCUUGGAAAAGCUAUGCAGGGCUCUUCAGACAGAGAGGAAUGAGCUGAAUGAGAAGGUGGAAGUCCUGAAGGAGCAGGUUUCUCUCAGAGAAGCAGAUGUGGAUCUAGCUGUGCAGGUGUUGCAGUCCUGCACACUCAAUUCCCAUGAAGAGCUGGGAACUCCCACUGACACGGAACCAGGAAUCCAACCUGAUGUGGAAUCACUUGUGGCAAAUAAUUCCGCAAAGACUGUCUCAACAAGUCCUGUUCCUGGCACUGAAUCUGUAGACUAAAAUGAAGUGUAAACACUGUAUUGAGAGAUAUAUUUUGUGUAUAACUUUCUCUGUUGGUGGUAACUAUUUGGUUUUGUGGUGAAAAUUUUCUUACUUUUUCUACCAUAUCUGUAUUUUCUUAGAACUACUGGACUUACGUGGUACAGGAAGCUGCAUAGCAGCUUUAAAUAGCUUAAACUAUAAAUUUUCCACAACUGUGUUGCACAUCUGCCUCAUUUUUUUAAAAGAAAAUAUUUUUCCAUAAAAGGAUGCAUGUGCAUUUCCUCCCCACAACACAAAUCACUGUCAUGGAAGACCAUGUACAGAUACAACAUCGUUCUGGGGAAAAAAGUGACAGCAGGUCACGUUUUGGUUUAAAUAAUAGCAUUCUGGUUUUGUUCAUUGAUUUGUCACUCAAUAUACUAAAGAAUACUGAUUUCCCCAAUAAAUCUAUCUGCAUUAGUUGUCUAAUGGCCAGUAAAAAAAUGUCAGCUUUCCCCUCUAGUAUGUUUUCAUAUAUAUGAAUAGAAAACUAAAGGUUCAGGACAUAGUAAAAGAUGUUUAAAGGCUUUUACGUACUUUGUGGUAUGAAAAAACAGCUUUGAAGUAGGUCAGUUUGCAGCUGGUGAAACAGGGUGUACAACUUUGUGCAGGCUUCUCAGGGUUGUGUUGUAAAGGCUGGUUUGGGCUAUUUGCUCUAUCUGUGAACGUGUUAAAUAUAAAUACGUGAAAAAAUUCACAGCAACA